AAAUUUGCAAUAAUCCUAGUAUUGAAUAUGGGCAAUAUUUUUUCAGUGUCGUGAUACCCAUGAAAUGGAGUAAUAAAGAACAUUGUUCUAUGGAGAUAGAAUAUUGGCGAGCAGAAUCUGAGCCCAAUGAACGUCGGUGGGAUGGGAGAAAUAGGCGGCGAGGUGGCGCUCAUCGCCGACGAGCUCAGCCGUGCCGUGGAGCUCACUCUCAACCCGACAGUCUCCCAUGAGGCUCGCAACCAGGCCUAUAACGCUUGCGAAAGCUUUAAAGAGAGCUCACCAUGGUGUGCUCAAGCUGGCCUAUUGCUGGCAAGUGGACAGUAUUCUGCGGUUGUCAAACACUUUGGUCUGCAACUUAUGGAGCACACAGUGAAGUACCGUUGGACACAGAUCACGCAAGCUGAGAAGAUAUUUAUAAAGGAAAAUGCCAUGAAACUGCUGUACAUUGGCGGCUGGGAGCCGGGGCACCUGAACGACGCGCUCGCGCGGGUCAUAGUGGAGAUGAUCAAGCGCGAGUGGCCGCAGCAGUGGCCGACGCUGCUCGCCGAGCUGAGCGACGCGUGCGGGCGCGGGCACGCGCACACACAGAUCGUGCUGCACGUGUUCCUGCGGCUGGUGGAAGACGUGGCCACGUUGCAGACGCUAGAGCAGCACCAACGGCGCAAGGACAUCUACCAGGCGCUGACGAGCAACAUGGCGGAGAUCUUCGCGUUUUUCAUGCGGCUAAUAGAGUCACACGUGCAAGAGUUCAGGGAACACACCGCCAAAGGCGACGCCAACGCUGCCGCCAGCAACGGCAGGGUCGUGCAGGUGGUCCUGCUGACGCUGACGGGGUUCGUGGAGUGGGUGUCGACCAACCACGUGGUCAUGAACAACGGGCGCCUGCUGCAGAUCCUGUGCAUCCUGCUGCAAGACGAGGCGUUCCAGCUGCCCGCGGCCGAGUGCCUACUCCAGGUGGUGAACAGGAAAGGAUCGACCAAGGAGCGCAAGCCGCUGAUGAUUCUGUUCAGCGAAGACGCGAUCUCAUGCAUACAUCGCGCCGCGGUGGCCAGCAUCAACGUCGCUGACGAGAAAAACUACUUGUUCCUAAAGAAGCUCUCUCAGGUGGUGGCGGGCUUAGGCCAGCAGCUAACCUCUCUCUGGAGCUUCGCCACGGGCGUGGAGUUCUGGAUGCCGGUGCUGCUGGAGAGCAUGCUGCUGCUGACGUCGCACCCGUCGCUGACGCUGACGCACGCCGUCAGCAGCGUGUGGCUGUGCGUGUUCCGGCACGAGCACGCCAGCAGGCUGCCCGCCGUGGCCGCCGUCGUGCCGCGCUGGCUGCACGCCGCCGCGCCCAAGCUGCUCAAGGUGACGUACCCCGCCACGCGCGCGAGCGGCGCGCACGACGCGGCCACGUACGCCUGCAUCGACUACGACAGCGAACAGGAGUUCGCGGUCUUCUUCAACCGCUGCCGCACAGAGAUACUAGACUGCUUUAGACAUUGCAUGUGCGCGGCGCCGCUGGUGACUUGGGCGUACGUGGAGCAGUGGACGCGCGCCGCGCUGGACAAGGUGGCGUCGUGCCCCGCCGAGCUGGACCACACGCACCCGCUCCACGUCGAGUGGGAGGCCCUGUCGCAGGUGUUAGACGUGGUGCUAUCGCGGCUGCUGCACUGCGAGCCGCGGCCUAACGUGGUGGAGGGUCUGCAGCUGCUGCAGCGCUGCGUGGCGUGCACGCCGCCCGCGCCGCUCGUCCUGUCGCUGCUGCUGUCGCUAGUGUCCGCGCUCUUCGUGUUCCUCAGCUGCGCCUGCAGCCAGAUCGCAGGUCCAGGCGUGGGCGUGGCCGGCGCGGAGCUGCUGCCGCGCGUGCUGGACAAGAUCUUCGCGGCGCUGCUCACCGACAACCACACGCCGCCUGCGCGCCGCUCCCGAGCCGUCAAGAACGUGCGCCGCCACGCCGCCAGCCUGCUCGUCAAGCUCGGCUCCAAGUACCCGCUGCUGCUGCUGCCGGUGUUCGGGCGGCUGCACGAGAUGUGCCAGGCGGCGCUGGCGCGGCCCGGGCUCAGCGCCGUCGAGAGCGUCACCAUACAGGAGGCGCUGCUGCUCGUCUCCAACCACUUCUGCUGCUACGAGCGCCAGAGCGCGCUGGUGGCGCAGGUGCUGGGCGACGUGAGCUCGCGCUGGGCGGCGCUGGCGCCGCACCUGUCGUCGGCGGCGUCGCUGGCGCGGCUCGUCGGGCUGGACGCGCCGCCGGCCGCCGACGACGAGCGCGGCGACGCGCGCCGCACGCUGCUGCACGCGCUCACGCUGCUGCUCGGCGUCGUCAAGCGCACCACCGUGCCCGCCGACCCCGACAAAGCGUCCCGCGGCGGGUUCAGCGCGGGCACGACGCCGAGCGGCAACCCGAUCUGGCGCAACCCGUGCGGCGCGCACGUGCUGCCGCUGUUCCCGCACGCGCUGGCGCUGGCGUGCGCGCUGCACGAGCUGCACGCGCCGGGUGCGCGCGCGCUGCACGCGGCGCACGCGCGCGCGCUGCAGCCGCCGCCCGCCGAGCGCCGCAACCUGCUGGGGCUGGCCGAGGGCGACGCGCCGCCGCCGCAGCCGCACGACCGCAUGCAGGUCUACGUGCACACGCUGCACGACAACGUGUGCCACCUGGUGGGCGCGGCGGCGACGACGCUGGGCCGCGAGCUGUUCUGCGCGCCGGGGCUGGCGCGCGCGCUGCUGGGCUCGGUGCUGGCCGUGCAGCACCUGCCCGAGCACUGGCUGCGGCCCAUCGUGCGGCACGCGCUCAAGCCGCUGCUGCUGCACUGCCCGCCCGCGCACUACGCCGAGCUGGCGCUGCCGCUGCUCGACCACCUCGCCCCGUUCAUGUUAGUACAUUUAUCACAACGAUGGGAAUACAUCGCUUCCCUAUACGAGUCCGGCAAACUGGAGGAAGAGGGCAGCAACGAGUCGCAGGAAGUCUUAGAGGAUAUGCUAGUCAGGCAUCUCACGAGGGAACACCUGGAGGUGCUCAAGGUGUCACUAGUGGAUGGCGGAGUGAGCCCGGAAGCCGUGUCUGGUGCGGGCGACAUGGAGGACGACAGCCCGCCGCCCGCCAGCACGCAGCGCGCGCCCGAGCAGGUGUCCGAGCUCGGCGCCAUGGUGCUGGCCUCCCCCCGCGCCGGGCCCGCCGUGCUGCACACGGUGCUCCGCGCGCUGACUUGGCCGGACUCGACGUCGUCGCUGCGCGCCACGGCGCUGGCGUGGCCGGCGCUGCGCGCGGCGCUGGACGCGGGGCUGGUGGGCGACGCCGAGGCCGGCGGCGCGCUGGCCGCCGUGCUGCAGGCGCUGCGCGCGCACGGCCAGCACGACGCCAACCAGGCCGCGCUGCUGGCGCUCGCCGUGCAGGCGUACGAGACGCUGCGGCCGCGGUUCCCGCACGUGGCGGGCGUGCUGCGCGCCAUCCCCGACGUGGACGCGCACGACCUGCGCCGCCUAGACGAGAAACUCGCGCCCGGCACCGCCAAGCAGAACAAGAUCGACAAGACCAAGCGAGACCUCUUCAAGAAGAUCACGGCUAGGCUGAUCGGUCGCAACGUGGGGCAGCUGUUCAAGAAGGAGGUGUACAUCCUGGACCUGCCGCACAUGAGCAGCGCGCGCCGCGAGCCGCCGCGCAGCGCGCUGGACGCGCCGGGCGGCGCCGGCCUGCCCGGCCUGUUCGCGCCGCAGCCCGAGCCCACCUAGCC